UGGAGACCGAGAGGAGAGGAGGACGGUGUCUCCUUGUGUCCCACCAUGGUGCUGGGGAAGGUGAAGAGCUUCACAGUCAGCUAUGACUGUCUCAAUGACAGCAAUGUUCCCGUGUUCUCCAGUGGGGACUGCGUCUCAGGGAGGCUGGUCAUCGAGGUCACCGGAGAGAUACGCGUGAAGUCCCUGAAGAUACACGCCAAAGGGUUUGCCAAGGUGCGAUGGACUGAGUCUAGAAACGCUGGAUCCAACACUGCAUACACGCAGAACUACACAGAGGAAGUGGAAUACCUGAACCACAAAGAUGUUCUGAUUGGGCAUGAGAGAGACGACGACAACUCUGAGGAAGGACUCACCACUAUCCAUUCAGGAAGACAUGAGUAUGCAUUCAGCCUGGAGCUUCCACAGACACCUCUGGCUACCUCUUUCGAAGGGAAGCAUGGCAGUGUGCGCUAUUGGGUAAAGGCCGAACUCCACAGGCCAUGGCUCCUGCCCAUGAAGACCAAGAAGGAAUUCACAGUCUUUGAGCACAUUGACAUCAACACUCCAUUAUUGCUGUCACCACAGGCCGGCACGAAAGACAAGACGCUUUGCUGUUGGUUCUGCACCUCAGGUCCUAUUUCCCUAAGUGCCAAAAUAGAAAGGAAGGGAUACACCCCAGGAGAGUCGAUCCAGAUCUUUGCCGAGAUUGAGAACUGCUCAUCCCGCAUGGUGGUACCAAAGGCAGCCAUCUACCAGACCCAGACCUUCUAUGCCAAAGGGAAGAUGAAGGAGGUCAAGCAGCUGGUGGCCAACCUGCGGGGAGAGUCUCUGUCCUCGGGAAAAACGGAGACCUGGAACGGCAAGAUGCUGAAGAUCCCACCUGUCUCCCCCUCCAUCUUGGACUGCAGCAUUAUCAGAGUGGAGUACUCCCUUAUGGUUUACGUGGACAUACCUGGGGCAAUAAACCUGUCCCUGAACCUGCCCCUGGUCAUCGGGACAAUCCCUCUCCACCCCUUCGGCUCCCGUACCUCCAGUGUCAGCAGCCAGUGCAGCAUGAGCUGGCUGGGAAUGGGUCUGCCUGAGAGACCUGAAGCUCCUCCAAGCUAUGCAGAAAUUGUGACAGAAGAGCAGAGGCAGAGCAGUCUGGAUGUCCCAGCGACCCGCGAGGAGCUGGACGGACCUCUCUUCGCCUACAUUCACGAGUUCCGCUUCCAGCCUCCUCCUCUGUACUCUGAGAUCGAUCCUAAUCCAGAUCAUGCCAGACGUACAGAGGAGCACAGGCUCGACGCCUGUCCAUCACGCUGAAGGGUUUUCCUGAAAGUACCCCGACCGACUUGGGGAUCUCUAAAGAAACCUGCUCGCGAGGCUCCGCUUUGUUUAUUUUUCUCCAACAACAAGGUUUACACAACGCUGUUGACAUGAAGAGAAAUACAAAGUGUCCAACCAACCAACAAAGACUUGGACAAAUAACUACAGUUGUCUUGGGUUUGACAAAUAAUUUCCUGCCUUCCCUCAGCGAGAGAAACAGGAGCCACUAGUUUGGGGCAUCGCUUCCUUCCUGCGUCAGCCUGCUGAGGGUGGGAAGCAUACAGAUGAACACAUAUUCAGUCUGUAUGGAAAAGCCCACUGGUGGCGAGAGCCCUGGUGAUGGUAUUGACAAUGACAAUGAAGAAUCAGCAAGGCCCGGCCUGCCAAGCUUCUCUUAAACUCUUGAUUCUUCUGUACUCGUGGCACAUACGGACAUGGCUCCUCACACAAAGGAGGACUGAUCAUGUCCCGGCUUCAGCAGAAUCACCUGAAGAAAACUCGACAGAGAGAAAAAUAAUGUUCUAACCACCACAGUCUGUAUGAAUGAGAGCAUUCAGCAGUCAACAACAGAGCAAAGACUAGGUCCUCCUGCCUCAUUUCGGAGUUUUGUUUUGCACACUUUAUUCUUUACUUGAUUUGUGUUGCUCUUUUUAAUGAGAAUUGAAAAAAUAAUAAUAAUAGGAUGCGCCAGACUAAGAGUAUGAGACUGCAGGCUUAACUUUUAAGACUUUCAUCUGCAUAAAUUUGAGCAACGCUGAGAACAGGAUUUGAUUUUGGAAAAAAGACUGACAAGAACACUGCACUGAAUUUGUUUAAGAUUUUUCUUUUUCUCCUUAUGACAUUUCCUCAGUGACUUAAAACAACUAGACUGGACUUUUUCAACAACUGCAGCACACUCUCUCCAUCUGAAAGCUCUUUAAGAUGUUGCCUCCUCAGCUUGGAUCCAAGUGUGGCUUCCCUCCUCGUUUAGUUCAGUUCUGUUAUUCAGUUUUUGUAUUUAGCUCCAAUCGUAGAAUAGCUUUUAGACUUUCUUGUGCUGAGGUUGCUCUGGAUUCGGACUAGGAGGGUUGCAGACCUGCAUUUGCCGCUCAAAUUGUAGCUAAAGAGAAAAGUGUGAGCCUGUGUGUUAGUGUGUGUGCGUGAAACAGAGAGGGUGGUACAUUGUGGAGGAACUCCCCUCACCCUAAUUACCUGCAGCCCCUCUACUCCUAAUCUCAGGGCAAGCCAGGCUUGCAAAACUGCCCAAAAAGCACUGUCUCAGGUGGUCGUCUCAAUUGCCAAACAGUUGGUAAACAAAGAGAAAAAAUGUUAAAGGUUUUUUGUUUUAAAUUGCACUGUUAACAAUAAUGAUGUUUUUGUUUUUUUUAACUACCAAAACAAGAGAAUAGACCUGCAUAAAAACAAGGCAGCUUUCUGAGAUUAAUCACAUUCCCUUUUUGUCCUGCUGCACUUGCCCAGUUCAUCCAACCAACAGUUAGAUUUUUUUUUACCAGACCAGUGAAGCCAGAACGCAAGCUAUAAAAAAAGUCGGAAAAAGAGGAGUGCUUCUGCAUUAAAGGAGCAAACCCAGCUCAAAUGAAAAGCUGGGGACGUUGCUAAACCUCUGUUUAGACUGGUCAGAACAAGUAGUGGUAGGUUGAAAUGAGUAAUACAUUGGUUUUCUAACUCAUUCAACACAAAAGACCAGCUGUAACAGAGGUUUGACAUAGUCGAGAAGGAAUAAAAUAAAGCAGCACUUUUUUGAUAAGAAAAUGAUAAUUCAUAAAAGCGUUCAGUGGUGAAGGUCUGGAGAAAAAACAUUUGGUACCAACCAUGUUAUUCUAGAGGAUAUUUCAGUUAAGCAGUGUAGUGUAGGACGUUAAUGCAUUAUUUAACUUUUUUUUUUUUUUUUUUGAAGAUUAGUGACUUUUUUAAAGUUUACAUUUUUAAACGUAGCUUACACAAGUUUGUAUGUGUUGUGUGUGUGUGUGUGUGUGUGUGUGUGUGUGUGUGCGCACGCUCUUAAUGAGAUCCAGCUGGCGACUAAAUAUACUGCUUCUGACAGAAAUCGACAAACUGCAGAUUAUUAAAGUGAUCUUAUCUUAGUGGCCUUGACACAGAAAAGACCUGAUCAUGAGUCUUCAUUUUUCAGUGUCUAUGUUAACUUUUUUUUUCCUUUUCUUAUGUUUGUACACAUCUGUAUAUUUUAAACCUUUCCAUGUUUUUUUCAAAAGGACAAAAAGGGAAGAGGAAAAAAAAGUCCUUUUUAGAAGCAAGUGUUACAAGCAAAUUACAUCCUGGACAGGCGUCUCAGUUGUGCUAUUUUUCUUAAACUGAUGGGGGUUGACAAUUUAUUUUUCCAUGUAUUUCUGGGCAUUGAUUUAGUUUGCUUCCAAGCUUAACAAGCAACCUCCGUGACCAGUCUGAUCCCCCUCAGGCCUGGGGAGUGGGCCCGCUGUUGACCAGCACCCUUCCCCCGUCUGACAAACAUUUAGGUAACAUGGGAUAGCAGUCAUGCAGCUUCUUCCACGAUCCUGACAUAUUUGUUUGCAGUUCUUUGUUUGGAUUUUAUCUUAGGGAAAUUGAAUCAAGCUACACAAUAAUGAAUAAGCUUACAUAUUUGUUUCAGGUUGGUCAAUUCCAUAGUCCAUUUGCUUUGGCCGCAGAGUAGUCCAGUGUCAAAACUAAGCUAAACUCCUGACCCAAUAAAGGCAGGAACUAAAAUGUUCAGAGAUUAAGAACCUGGGAAAUGGGAUCUGAAACAUUUUAGAAACUAAGUGCAAUAUCACUCACUGAAUUUUCUUCAUUCUCCAUUUGUAUGUUUUGUUUUUAUCCUUUUUUUUGUCUGUCAAUUGUGACAAUGUAUAGAUAUUCUAUGAAUAUACUAUGUUCUGAAUGGUUUAACCUUAUGUCUAGUUCUUCCUUUUGAUUUGAAUAAACGUUUUGUUCUAAAUUACAA